UUAUCUGAUGAUGGCAAUUUGAACAACUAUGACCAGCUAAGGACGGAAGUUAACAAAGCAUUGGAAGUAGCUCGAAAUGGAAAAUUGAUCGGCUCCAGCUUAGAGGCCAAGGUGUAUCUCUACUGUUCUAAUGAAAGCCUGGCUGAGAGACUAAAGAAAAUGUGCAAACCUACAAAUGAUGCAGAUGCUCUAAAUCGCAUAUUUAUAACAUCUCAGGUGGAGAUUCUCAACUCCUUGGAAGAUGAAAGGAUUAAAGAUGUUCAGUACAACGGAGAGUACCUCAUCGAAGAAGGGAACAAAAUCUGGAUUGGCGUAUCCCGUGCAGAUGGCUCAAAAUGCGACAGAUGCUGGAAUUAUUCACCUCAAGUAGGUUCAUUUGCUGAGCAUCCUUUGCUAUGUGGCCGCUGUCACAACGUGGUUAUUGGUCUACCAACUCGUGAUCCUGAAGAUUUAGCCAAGGUCACACAGAGUGAAGCAAAAGAGGCUAUAACACAAUGAAGUUAAUCGGUCCAAAAAUCUGGAGGUUUACAACUACUACAAGCUUCACAUCCAACUGUAAUUUUUGUUUCCAAUUGAAUCUUCAAAAGGUUUUACUUUCAUUACCAAAUGACCCUUCUAAUGUAAUUCAUUAAAAUAGAGAAAGAAAAACACAAAUGGAGAAUAGAUUAAUUUUUGUACAUGCAUUAAUGAAUAGAUGGAUAACUGGCACUUGUUUUUUCA